AUGAAGAGCUUUAUGAGGCUUGGUGGCGCGGUUGCGCUGGGGUGUUUUGCUGUUGAGAGUGCAGCUAGGGCUGUGGGAUAUUCGCCCAAGGAAUGGAUCAAGCCGUACAAGAGGGAGGCUUUACAAGAUAUCGUCACCUGGGAUGAAGAUUCGCUCUUCGUGCAUGGAGAACGCAUCUUCCUGUACUCUGGUGAAGUCCACCCGUACAGACUACCGGUUCCGGAUCUCUACCCCGAUAUCUUCCAGAAGAUUAAAGCCCUUGGUUACAACGGCGUUUCCUUCUACGUUGAUUGGGCCCUGCUUGAGGGCAAACCUGGUGUCUACCGCGAAGAGGGUGUCUUUGAUCUAAAGCCUUUCUUCGACGCUGCACAGGAGGCUGGUAUCUAUCUCAUUGCUAGACCAGGUCCAUACAUCAACGCUGAGGUAUCCGGUGGAGGUUUCCCCGGAUGGAUACAGAGGGUCAACGGCACGCUGAGAACGCGAGCGCCGGAUUUCCUGGAAGCGACCGACAACUACAUGAAGAAUGUCCUGGCUACGAUUGAACCCGCCCAAAUCACCAACGGCGGCCCUAUCAUCCUUGUACAGCCAGAAAAUGAGUACACACAAGCUACCUCGGCCAUCAAACCUUUCCCAGAUCCGGUCUACAUGCAGUACGUGGAAGAUCAGAUUCGCGACGCAGGUAUCAUUGUACCUCUGAUUAGCAACGAUGCCUCCGCCAAGGGAAACAACGCACCUGGUCAACCUGCAGCUGUUGACAUCUACGGACACGAUGGAUAUCCUCUUGGAUUCGACUGUGCUAACCCAAACACAUGGCCGGAUGGCAACCUGCCAACGAACUGGCAUCAGCUUCAUGAGCAACAGAGCCCCACUACUCCUUACUCUAUUGUUGAGUUCCAGUCUGGCAGCUUCGACCCCUGGGGCGGACCUGGUUUUGACAAGUGUGGAAUUCUGGUUGGUGCAGAGUUCAACCGCGUAUUCUACAAGCAACUGUACAGCUUUGGUGUCACGAUCUUGAACUUGUACAUGACCUACGGCGGCACCAACUGGGGUAACCUAGGUCACCCUGGUGGUUACACAAGCUACGACUACGCCGCACCAAUCAAGGAAGACCGUCAAGUCGAUCGCGAGAAGUACUCUGAGCUCAAGCUGCAAGCAAACUUCUUCAAAGUCAGCCCUGCGUACCUGACCGCUACACGUGGCAAUGCUUCGAAUUCCACCUGGACGACCAGCAGCGAUCUGAGCGUCACACCUGCGACCAAUGAGAAGACAACGUUCUACUUCGUGAGGCAUUCGAAGUACAACUCACUAGAAUCCACGACCUACAAGCUCAAUGUUGCAACCUCGGCAUUAGGAAACAUCACCGUACCUCAGAUGAACGGUACUUCGCUCACGCUAAGCGGCCGGGACUCAAAGAUCCACGUUAGCGACUACGACAUCGGUGGUGCCACUCUUGUCUACUCUACUGCUGAGGUCUUCACUUGGCACAAGUAUGAAGACAAGACUGUUCUGGUCGUCUACGGUGGACUUGGAGAGACUCACGAACUGGCUCUUGCCGUUACCGGUCUGGAAGUUGUCGAAGGCGAUGUCAAGAGCACUACUACGCGUGGUAUCACGGUCUUGAACUUCAAGGCUGAUGGUACUAGGAAGGUGGCAAAGGUUGGAGUUGACAGCUUCAUCUACGUCUACAUGCUCGAUCGCAACGACGCCUUCAACUACUGGUCCAUCGACCAAGCACCUCAUGACUCGUCCAACCCUGUCAUCGUCAAGGCUGGCUACCUGAUGCGUACUGCUAAGGUCACUGGCGACACCAUCGCCCUAGUUGGUGAUCUCAACGCAACAACAACGGUCGAAGUCAUUGGUGGUGCGUCAUCUGAUGUGUCUAAGAUGACCUUCAACGGCAAGGACAUCGACUUCACCACUACCGAACAAGGAACCUUGUCGGCUGAUAUCGAAUUUGUCAAGCCGGCCAUCAGCAUUCCCAAACUCAGCGAACUGGAAUGGAAAUACGUCGACUCACUACCAGAGGUCCAACCUGGAUACGACGACAGCGAGUGGACUGCAGCCGAUUUGAAGAAGACGUACAACUCUCUGCGUCCAUUGACCACACCCGUAUCGUUAUACAGCUCCGACUACGGCUACCACACUGGCACUCUGCUCUUCCGUGGUACUUUCACCGCUUCCGGAAACGAAUCAACCUUCUACCUUUCCACGCAAGGUGGCUCGGCGUUCGGCUCAUCCGCAUGGAUUGGAGACCAAUUCCUCGGCUCAUGGCGCGGUUACGAUGCAGCCAUGAACGGCAACGCAACCUUCACAAUGCCCAACCUCACCAAGGGAAAGACAUACACAAUCACAGUCGUCGUUGACAACCAAGGCCUAGACGAAAACUGGACCAUCGGUACCGAGACUAUGAAGAACCCACGCGGUAUCCUGGACUACAAGCUCUCCGGCCACAACACCUCUGAUAUCGCCUGGAAGCUCACCGGUAACCUCGGAGGAGAAGACUACCGUGAUAUCUCUCGUGGUCCCCUCAACGAAGGCGGUCUGUUCGUUGAACGCCAGGGUCUCCAUCUCCCCGGUGCUCUCUCCGCAACCGACGCCAAGUGGCAAGCCUCUGCCGGUCCAGUCGCCGACGGUAUCGCAGCCCCUGGAAUUGGUUUCUUCGCCACGGAAUUCGAUCUCAACAUGCCAUCUGGCUACGACAUUCCCCUUAGUUUCACCUUCACCAAUGGCACCUCUUCCAGCAACAGCAGCAACGAUGGUUCCAGCGUGCCAGCAUACCGCGUCCAACUUUACGUCAACGGCUGGCAAUACGGCAAGUACGUUAGCAACGUUGGGCCACAGGUCAAGUUCCCUGUUACAGAGGGUAUCUUGAACUAUAACGGCACGAACUAUCUGGGAAUUUCGCUUUGGGGACUCGAUGGCGGGGCGACGAAGGUGGCGGGGUUGGAGUUGGAGGUUGAUGCGCAGAUUUGGAGUGGGAUGAAGACAGUGGGGACUGUGAUGGGACAGGAGUAUGAGAAGAGGGAGGGUGCCUAUUAA